ACAGUCCUUGUGUCCUAAUAUUAUGAUUUCCCUAAGAUGUAUGACUGCUUUGAUGAACUAGUGCUUGCAGUUGGUUUCCCCUCUUUUAGUUUGAGCUGCCUAAUUUGCAGUAGCCUUUAUUCUCCACUUGUGCUUGUCAUGUAUGCACACACAUGACAUGGCAGCUAGCUUGCUGCUUCAAAUUUUCAAUUGCCAUUCACUGAAAAUGAGCGAUUUUUGUUCCUGCUACUGGUAACCUCCAGUAAAAUAACAUACCGCUAAUUUUUUUGUUCCAUUUUGAUUAUUUUUUUUCAAAAUGUAGUUAAAAUUUCAUGAAGAUUUUAAAAUUUUGACCGAAAUUUGAUAUCGUUUCUAUCGGUCCCCGGCCCUCCAGUAUUUGUGCCCCAACCGGUAGGGUGAACUAAACUCGUUUCAGUUUUGUGCUAACUCGUUUUGGUUUUGUGCUUGUCAUAUGGAGCGCAAUUAUCUGGCGGUGUCGCCGCGGCUGCCAACCGUUGUUCUUGCCUGCCAGCCGUCCGACGUGUCGCCUUUCCAGAUUCCCGCGUGCCGUGGCGGCGUUUAUGGGACUAGGAACGCCGAACGCCACUCGCCACAGCACAAGUUCAUUUCGUGAGCAGUAAAAUAAUUAGACAACUUAACAUUGCGAGUGGUAACUUGUGACGGAUGGUAUUUUGCCGCAUGACUGUAAUCAACCAUUUGUUGCUUCGCAAGCUAGAGCGUCGUCGAUUCGUACUAGCCAUGAAGGCCUCUUCACAGUCUCCAUUCUCCACCGGAGGAGCCGCAGUUUUAGUCCUGUAUAAAUACUGGUAGCUAGGCAACCGGGUGAUCCAAGAGCUAGCGUAUAUGAUCUCGAUCUUGCAAGAGUACGAAUCCCCUGCCUGCACCACCACUGCCCUGCCCAGCAACGGCCUUCGCCAUGAAACCUGCCACUGCCAUCACAAAGAUCACCGAAGCCGCACGCUCGGUGCAGCUCCUCCAGAUCGACGGCUACUCUGCAACCGAGACCAUGAGCAAAAGCGACUACAUCGGAUCCACAUGGAACGUGGACGGGUACGAGUGGGAGGUCCGCGUCGACCCUGAAUACGACUACAGCAGGGCGAGCUGGGUAGCUCUGAGGCUCAUCAUCCUCAGCAAGCCUCGCGCCGUCGAGGUCAGGGCACACUUCACCGGCCGUCUAGUGGAUCCGACCGGGCGUCUUCAACCAUCCGAAGACGACGACAGCAUCUCCCAUGUGUUUCACCAUCGCCGAGAGCAGACAAAAGUCUUGCUCGUCGAAAAGCGUGACGACAUAGCGUCUGCAGGCUACCUCGACAACGAUUCCUUGACGGUGGAGUGCAGCAUCACCGUGCUCAGAGAGCUGCCGGAGGUCGUCUUCCCGCCGGCGGCCACCAAGGAGGAGGUGCCAUCGUCGCCACCGCCGACGCCAUCCUCGGACCUGCACAAGCACCUGGGCGAGCUCUUGGAGAGCAAGAAGGGCGCCGACGUCACGUUCCUCCUCGCGUCCUCCGCCGGUGGUGGCGAGCGGUUCCCGGCGCACAAGACCGUCCUCGCCGCGAGGUCUCGGGUCUUCAUGGCCGAGUUCUUCGGCGGCAUGGAGGAGCGCACCUCGCGGGUCGUGGAGGUCCAGGACGUGGACCCCGCGGCGUUCGAGGCCAUGCUUCGCUUCGUCUACACCGACGUGGCACCGCCGGAGCUCGACGACGACGACGACGAGGAGCCGGCCGCGGCGGCGACGAUGGCCCAGCACCUUCUUGCGGCGGCAGACAGGUACGGGCUCGACAGGCUCAAGGCGAUCUGCGAGGCCAAGCUCGCCGGCUGCGUCGACGUCGGCACCGCGGCCACGACGCUGGCGCUGGCCGAGCAGCACGGCUGCGCGAUGCUCAAGGCCAAGUGCGUCGACUUCGUCACUGGGUCCCCUGAAACGCUCGACGCUGUGUUGGCGACGGAGGGGUACGCGCAUCUCGCGGCCAGCUGCCCGCUGGUGUUGGCUGAACUCCUCAAGUCUGCGCGUGGGAAGAAGAUUUGAUGAGAUAUAUCGAUCCAUCGAUGGUUUUCCUCAUCAAUAAUCGUCGUCCCAGGAUUUGGUGCACCGUGUCUACUACUACAUAUCUGCUCUCAAAUUAUGAUUUCAGU